AUCCCUGGCAGGCUGAACUUGGUAUCUCCUGUCUCAGUCUUCUGAUUCUCCCAGAACCCUCUACCAGAAUUUGAAGGACCAGGAUUUACGGACACUGGAUUGAAGCAAGGUGGCUUGAGAUGUCUGGCUCUUAUGAGGAUUCUGUUGAGGUUUUUAGUGGUAGCUUUUGGGAGGUUGGAAAUUACAAGCGGACAGUGAGGCGCAUCGAUGAUGGAUAUAGACUUUGUGGUGAUCUUAUGAACUGUAUUCAUGAGCGUGCAAGAAUAGAGAAGGGUUAUGCGCAACAGUUAACCGAGUGGGCAAAACGAUGGAAACAACUUAUAGAAAAAGGGCCACAGUAUGGGACCGUUGAAAGGGCUUGGCACGCCUGUAUGUCUGAAGCGGAAAAAGUAAGCGAAUUACACCUAGAAGUAAAAAGUGCUCUCAUGAAUGAAGACUUUGAAAAAAUAAAGAACUGGCAGAAGGACUCCUUUCACAAGCAAAUGAUUGGUGGAUUUAAGGAAACUAAGGAAGCGGAAGAUGGGUUUAGGAAGGCUCAGAAACCAUGGGCUAAAAAGCUAAAAGAGGUGGAAGCUUCUAAGAAAGCACAUCAUACAGCAUGCAAGGAAGAAAAAAGUGCCAUAUCCAGAGAGGCUAAUAGCAAAGCUGACCCAGCAUUGAAUCCAGAACAACUAAAGAAAUUGCAAGACAAAAUUGAUAAAAGUAAACAGGAUGUGCUUAAGACAAAAGAAAAGUACGAAAAGUCUCUUAAAGACCUGGACGGUGCUACACCUCAGUAUAUGGAAAACAUGGAACAGGUUUUUGAACAGUGUCAGCAGUUUGAGGAAAAACGUCUGCGUUUCUUCCGAGAAGUUUUGCUGGAAGUCCAGAAACAUCUUGACUUGUCUACUGUUUCAAGCUAUAAAAAUAUUUAUCGUGACAUGGAGCAGAGCAUUAAAGCCGCAGAUGCUGUUGAAGAUCUAAGGUGGUUCAGAGCUAAUCAUGGACCUGGCAUGUCUAUGAAUUGGCCCCAGUUUGAGGACUGGUCAGCUGAUCUGAACCGUACUCUAAGUAGAAGGGAGAAAAAAAAGGCAACAGAUGGUGUGACUUUGACCAGUAUUAACCAAACAGGAGAUCAGCAGUCGCCGCAUAACAAAAAUAGCAGCAACGUUAGUGUCCCGAGUAACACAGUGCAGUCAGUACAGCCAAGUUACAAUCCCUUUGAAGAUGAAGAAGAUUCUGGAAGUACUGUCAGUGAAAAGGAGGACAAUAAAAUCAAAAAUGUUAGCAGCUAUGAGAAAAACCAGAGUUUGACAUCUGAAUGGUCUGAUGAAGAAACAAAUAAUCCGUUUUCAUCCAGUGAGGCCCAAGGAGAAUCUAAUCCAUUCGAUGAAGAUGUUUCCCCUUCUACAGUGGAAGUGAAAGUACGAGCCCUCUAUGAUUAUGAAGGCCAAGAGCAUGAUGAAUUGAGCUUUAAGAUUGGAGAAGAGCUAACUAAAAUAGAAGAUGAAGAUGAACAAGGAUGGUGCAAAGGUCGUCUGGCCAAUGGACAAGUUGGGCUCUAUCCUGCAAAUUAUGUAGAACCAAUCCAGUGACAAAUAAUUCUGAACAUGAUAUAAUAACAACCAGUCAACAUGAUGCCUGUGGUUCACUAUAAGAGGAACUGAAAUAUAUCUAUUGAUCUAUCUACGUAUAUAUCUUUUAAUGCAAUGAAAUGAUUGAUUCCUAUGUUCCUUCAGCAAUCUCCAAUGGUUCAGGCUGAAACCUUAGGAAAAGGUUGGCAUCUUGAUAGCACAAAGUCAGCAAGAAAGUGACAGCAUUCCUUGUUAUCAUAUUUUAUGAUGACUUUUUUAUUUUGUUCCAAAAUUUGCUAAACCGGUGCCUCGUUUCCUAUAUUUUGGAUGUUAGCUUAUGUCCACUUUUGUUCAAUCAGUAAUGACUUGAUCUUCGUAAUUUGAAAUUUAAUUUUUUAACUGCAACACUGCAUUUGUCAGCAAUCUGUGAAAAAUGCAUUUUUAAAACGUAAAGUUAUGUAGCAUUUCAUUUUUCAUGCAUGGUCUACUUCAUUAGCUGUUACAUAAAUAAUGACUCAGAAGUAUUGUCCUCUCAAUCCUGUACUCUAUUUUUUUCAUGCUGUCAGCAUGGCUUAAUAGUGUAAAAUGCCAUAUAUACUACAGUGUCUAUUGCCAAGAUUCCAAUAGAAUUAUCUGCAAAUAUUAAGAAUUCACCAAGAAUUAGUUUUUCUUGGUGAAUAUUAUUUUGACACUUGAAAUCUCUUAUUUCCUAAAGGACAACAUCAUGUACAUUUUAAAGAUUUCCCCAUAUUUCAAGAAUGUCACUAUAGAAAAAAAUAUAAAAUUAUAAGAUUUACAUUCUGCAAGUUAAUGAUUUUAUUUGAUUUGGAAAGUUAAACGUGAAGUUUAUUUUUUCAUGCCAGAGACUAAAAUGUACUGCCUUUUUACUGAUAUGCUCUUUAAGUUAUCUAUAUGUAUAUAUAAUUUGAUAUUAAAAUUAAGGAGCAUGUGUUAAAUUAGAAAAUCUAUUGUAUAUGCCUUAGAUUUCAGAUUGAAUCUGACACCAGAAUAUCAAUGUUGAGUUUUAUUAACUUCAAGGGAAAGUUCACAGCGGCUUUUCAAGUAAGCAAAGCAACUUAAAAUGCAGGCCUAUUUAAAUUUGCUGUUUCAUACAUACACAUUUAGAUAUAAGAUAGAAGACUUAGCUUGCGCCAACCUGUCUACUGUGAAUGUAGCCUUCCUCUUAAGGGAUAACAACUCAGUUUCCCCUUCCACAUUAUAUAUUAUAAUCAACUGUAGUUAUCAUUCCAUUUUUCCUCACACCCAAGUAUCUGCAUGAACUCUCUCAUAUCCACUCUUGCAAAAAUGUGAGUUUGACCUUCCUUUGUUACAGCAGGACUCCUCUUUGUAAUUGGCACUGGGACCAGAGGUAUUAGAGUUCAUUGUGUACCUUUGUAAUCUUUUGACAGAAAAUUUGUCCAAAGCACACUAAAGUAAAACAAAAAAUAUGCUGUGAUCUAAGCCCUUAAAUGAUAAUAUUGGGGUUUUAUUCUCAAGAUCUAUAAUUGUUAAUUAAAAUGUGAUUCCAAAUGCAAAGUUAAUGUAGAUUAUUGUAGCAAAACACUGUAAAAUCUUGAUUUGCGGAUCAGCUGUAGAAAUGUCAGACUAUAGAUUUACAGACAAUUUAAGCAGCAAAAUUGUGAACUUGUUUAAAAUGUUGCUUUAUAGAAAAUUUAGAACUUAUCAGAUAAGUAGAAAUGAUGUUUUAGGGAAUCACACUGUAAUUGAAAUGACAGUUGAAGCUGAAAAUACUGUAAGUGCUUCCUGACUAUUCCAUUUGUCUGUGGAAAUUUACAUAUUUAUUAAUGUUGAAGAUUAAUUAUAUUAAGUGGGUAUUCAAUCUCUGUCAUGUUGGUAUUCCAGCAUAAUUGUUCAGAAAUGGAAAGUUUGAAUAAAUGGUCAAGAAU